ACGAGGAUAACACGACCCGGCCAUAGUAUCCUCGACUGUAUCGCACUAGAGCUUGCGAUGUCUGCUAUACGAUUACUCUGCGCCAAAAGGACUAUUCUGGGCAGUUCAAAGCUCUCCACUGUCGGUCGCAUAUCAUGUCGCGGUCUUGCAACACCAGCAGGACAGCUCAGUCGGACGGGACUUUAUUAUUUUCAUGUCGAGAAUGGUGCGAAGAUGGUACCGUUCGCCGGAUACUCUAUGCCGCUAUCGUACGGAGCAGUGGGUCAAGUCGACAGCCAUAAUCAUGUUCGGGAGAGGGCAGGUCUCUUCGACGUAGGACAUAUGGUUCAGAGCAACUUCCGUGGCAAAACAGCACUUGCGUUCCUCGAAUGGCUCACCCCAUCCUCUCUCACCUCUCUCGCCCCGUACUCUUCCACACUCUCCGUCCUUCUCAACGAACGAGGCGGUAUCAUCGACGACACAAUCAUCACAAAGCAUGCAGAAGACGCAUUUUACGUCGUGACCAAUGCAGGAAGGCGGGCGGAGGAUUUGGCUUGGUUCAAGGCGAAGUUGGAGGGGUGGAACAACAGUGAGAGAGCGAAGGCAGGAGCUGUCGAGCACGAAGUUCUGGAGGGCUGGGGAUUAUUAGCACUACAAGGACCGGAAGCCGCAGCCUACCUGCAAACUUUGACGUCUUUCAACCUCCAAUCCCUCACCUUUGGCCGUUCGGCGUUCGUCCCAUUGGAGGGCUUCAAUCUGCACGUUGCCCGUGGUGGAUACACUGGCGAGGACGGCUUUGAGAUUUCGAUCCCUCCAGCACAUACCGUUGAAGUCGCUCAACUCCUCUCGAAAGACCCAGUCUGGCUCACAGGGCUUGGUGCGCGCGACAGUUUACGUCUUGAAGCGGGGAUGUGCCUGUAUGGCCAGGACCUUGACGAGGAUACGACCCCCGUUGAAGCCGGUCUCACUUGGGUCAUCGGGAAGGAUAGACGAGAGGACCCCACGUUCAUUGGUGCUGAAGGUGUCAUGAAGCAUCUGAAGGAUGGGCCACCGCGACGACGGGUGGGGUUGAUCGUGGAUGGUGCGCCUGCCCGAACACACGCGAAAAUAUUCGCACCGGAAAAUGCGGAGGUGAUCGGCGAGGUGACAUCCGGUAUACCCUCUCCGACGCUCGGGAAAAAUAUUGCGAUGGGCUACGUGAAGUCGGGCAUGCAUAAGAAAGGGACCGAGGUGAACGUGGAAGUGAGGGGUAAGAAACGCUCUGCUGUCAUCGCGCCCAUGCCCUUCGUGAAGUCGAGAUACUUCCGUGGGUGAGCCGUAGUCCAGGUUUGGUGUACUGCCGAGGCGGCUCACCGAGCGGGCCUCAACGGCUGGCUCGAUACUCAAAGAUGCUCGGAUUUAGAUGACUUUACACCCGAUACCGAGUAGUAAACGCUAUUCACAUCGUUC